AUGCCAAUAAAGCUUCCCAAAGGUUUCGCUCGACGAAAAUCGUCUGGCAAUGCUCUCGAGGAGGUGGAAAAUCCUCCUCAGUCAUCAUUUAAGGUUUUUGAACGACCAUCCGCCGACAAGAAAUCCUCCAGCGAUGGCAACCUGAUGUCGAAGAGGCUAAGCGAAGGUCAGCCUCUGUAUUCGCCAUCCGAAGACGAUGAUAGCAACAUAUUUGCAGCGUCGGAAAACCACCAUUCACGCAAUUCUCCAUACGAAGGAAAUCCUUCGGCCCGCUUUUCUCAGUCUACACGCCGGUCAACAGACGGAGCGCCUCCGAUUGAGACUCAGUCCCCGCAUUCGCGGAACUUGUACGAGAUACCAAUUCCUCCUAUCUCUGGUGCACUUCGGGCAGCCGGGCGAACAUUUUCUUUCGGUGGGAGAUUUUCGAAGACUUCGGCUGCGGUUCCGCAAUCUCAAUCAUCCAUUUCUGGACCCUCAAGAAACCGAGCUAUGACUGCGAGCACAACAAACACUGCGACCGCACCGAGACUUCCCGAGACAGAGCUGCAAUUUAAUGAGAUGGAAGACGAUUUUCAGAACAUGUUUGGUAGCCUUGAAAAGCGCUACUAUACUCCACAGGAUUCAUCACAAGAGAGAGCUUUACAACCGGACUCGUCAGCACCACGCAAGUCUGGACACGAAGGUCCUGCGAGAAAAGAUGAAAGGGUCCCCCGCCCAACACCCAUUGAUACUGAUCGAUCGCAGGAAGUUGAGCCGUCUCCUUACUCCUGGGAUAGCCGACAUUCUGAAGAUGGUUUACUCGCAGCCAUCGAUUCGCCCAGAGAACAGCUAGGUAGACAGCAUGCACGUCCAGAAAUGAGUACAGGUUCCGCGGGAGAAAGGCCAAGAUCUGCAGCGCUACCCCAUGUCGUGUCGUUUGCGGCCGCUACUACCUCUCAUCGAUCUCUCGACAAACCACAGACUGCCUCUGAUAAGGGAUUGAGGCGAAGUGUGAUAUAUACAAGCAAACGCGACUCCGCACCUGUCGACGACGAAGAUGCUAAAUUAAUCAUGGAGUCUCUUUAUUCUGGCAAAAAGGGUGUACAGGUAUUAUCCACGUCCGACAAAGGAGUUUCAGACGCCGAGAACGAGUCAUCCCUCUUCCAGAACGAAGACUUGUCAGUGGGUGCGGCUCAUACUGAGCACCAGGGGCCUCCGACGUUAGUUGGGCCAGCGGAACACAACAACCUUGAUGCUUCGAUUGCGGCACAUGCUCACCUGGCCGCACAAUACGAAAGGUAUCAACCGGCAUCAGCCUCCUCAGCAAAUAAGAUCAUGACGCCCUCCCAAUUUGAACACUAUAGACAACAACAGGAGCUCAGAAGAUCCACAAGCGACGCAUCUAUAAGUGAGAAGUCUGGCGAAAGCGAUUACGAAGAGGAGGAUGAAACAGAGAAAAACCGUGAGGCUGAAAGGCAGAGACGGAAGCAGGAGGCUCAUCUUUCUGUCUACCGACAGCAAAUGAUGAGAGUGACGGGCCAACAAUCUUCCGCUCCUGCCCUGCCGACAGACAUUGAUCGGGCUAGCAAGAGUGCACCAAACUUGUUGCAACAAGGCAAUUUAUCCGGAAGCGGCAAGAGCAGUGAUGGUGAUGAUGACGAAGAGAUUCCAUUGGGGAUUCUUGCAGCACAUGGUUUCCCAAACAGGAAUCGGCCUCCCAGUCGCCUAACACCUUCUAACUCUAUACCCAAUCUUCGAAACUCCUUUCAACAGCCAUUUAUAUCGUCUCCGGGGUCUGCCGCAGAACAGGAUAUGGCGAACCGUAGUAGCUUACCUGUCUUCGCCCGAAAUCUGCCUCGAGACCCAUAUUUUGGUGCAAGCCUGGUCAACCCCUCUAACAGAGAAUCUCUAGCCCUAGGAGGAGGCGCGUCUGUGCAUGGUGGCCACUCGCCCGCGUUACCUCCAGGAGGCUUAGUGGGGGUCAUUGCUACUGAGGAACGGGCUAGAGCCAUGAGAAGGGGAAGUCCCAACACCCAAGCCAUGUAUGACUAUCAGGCUGGUGGAGUAUCCGGAUCGGCAGUUCAUCCUGGUGGUAUUCCCAGACCUUACACUAUGAUGAACCUGAAUCCAACCACUAUGACUAGCUCGCAGCCAUCGAUAUCUGCAACGGAGCAGGCACAAAUACAACUUUCACAGCAAAUGACGCAAAUGGUGCAGAUGCAGAUGCAAUGGAUGCAACAGAUGAUUCAAAUCCAGGGUGGCCAGAACGUUCCUCAAACUACAAUCCAGGGCGGCCCUCUACCCGGUCUGGGAGCUAGUGUCAACAUGCGGCCGUCAUCGAUGCCGUCAGCCGACACUAUGAGCGGUGCAUCGCCUGGUCACCAAGCUGACCACAGGACGCUCAGCAUGCUUGACCCCAACGCCUCUUCUCGGUUGAAUGCCCCGGCUUUGCCAUAUGCGUCUGGGGCCCUCAGGCCUGGCACCCCAGCAGGUCAAGGCUAUGCACCCUCUAUUGCCCCGUCCGAACGUAGCAAUGUUGGGUUAGCAUCCCGCUAUAGACCUGUCUCCACGAUGCAGCCAGAUCCUGGGGCUUCGACUCUCCAUUCCACAUUCAACUCAUGUAACGACGAGAAUGAGAAACUCUCCGCUGUUGUUCCAGCCGGGUUGGCCAUGUCUAAUCGUCCGCUGUCCAGCCAUAAUCCCACACCCACUCACCCCAAGCCAAGUAACAGCGUUGCGGCGGACGAUGACGAUGACGAUGAAGGCUGGGCUGAAAUGAUGAAAAAACGAGAAGACAAGAGGAACAAUUGGAGGAUGAAGAAGGAAACUUCUAGUUUUGGGGACUUGCUCAAUGCAGUACAUUAG